GGUAUGCAGAAAAUAAAUUUUUCCGGUGGUGAACCGUUCAUCGAAGGUCGCCAGGGGAAAUUUGUUGGUGAAAUGGUCCGAUAUUGUAAACACGAACUUGGGCUGAGUGUAAGCAUUGUAUCGAAUGGAAGUUUGAUUAAAGAACAGUGGUUUAAGGAUUAUGGUAAGUAUAUAUUGUUGUUGAACAGCGUGUUUUCAGUGGCCGGUUGAACAAAGCCCAUCAGAUAUCGCUAUCCACCAAAUAGUGAAUUUUUCAACUGUUCUAAAAUGUUUUAAAAGCUAUAAAAUUAUGGAUAUGGAUCUUGCAAUUAAGAAAAAAAACUUUAAUUUACCUAAAGUUUAUUCUGGGUUAUAUAGCCCACGCGUCAUCUCUAUUCAAAGUAUGUGUUGUUUUUCCAUGCAAUUGUACAAUAUGCUUCGUUUGAUAGACGUCAACGGCCAAUCCGAUUUCCCCUUUGGUGUUCUUUUAAACGUGUACCAGAAUGAGUGUGAACUGCAGGGACCGCGGAAGCGGGGUGGAGCCCCCCCCCCCCAACAAUUUUCAUGAUACUGGACGCAUAUACCCUUUCAUGCUUGGUUUGGGUAAUUGGUACACUACACAGUUACUGUCGUUCCAAUUGAAGUGUUCCUCAAAUAUUGAUUCAAUACAUUACCUCGGGCUGACCAAUUCAUACGAAUUCAAAUUUCCUUUUACUUCCUGUGCGUUUCCUAUUUGGUCAAUCGGUUCUGAAACGAAAUCUAAUUGGCUCAUUUAAAAGUAACAGGAAGUUGAUCAAUUUUCUAUCAAAUGAAUUGGUCAGCCCGAGGUAAUGUAUUGAAUCAAUAUUUGAGGAACAGUUCAAUUGGAACGACAGUAAUACUAAAUCGUUCCAUGCUCAGCUGGCUAUACUAUCAUCGCAUACAAGGUCAAGGUUGAAAUAUAUUUCUCCUGGCUUAACUAAAAUUAUUAGUUUAGAAAGGUCAAACAUAUUAGUUUUGAAAAUGUUUUGAACCUUAGCUCGAAACGUCGAGUUCUUUUUGUAUUUAUCAGUGUCGCAGUUUAAUUGAAGCGUGCCUACGUGAUUUUUAAAGCAGAAUAACGCCGGACUUGACCAUAUAUUUCUUUAAAAUUUUUGCUAUAUUACAUAUUUCUUGCAUUUUCGACUAUUAUCUUGCAUAUUUCGUGCUUUUCAACUUAUUUCCCCCAUCUUUUUGCGGAACUUACACUUAAAAUUUGUCCAACUUCAAUUUCUCUGAGGGGGCAGCUUCCCCCCCCCCCACCCGCCCCCGCGUCGUACGUUUAUGGCUAUUAGACGUCAGUUUCAAUCUCUUUCUAUUUUUUUUUUGUCUCGCGGUCUGCAAGGAGUGUGCCCAAAUUUCGUACUAUAUAUAUUUUGAAUUCAAUUCAAUUUAAUUCAAGGAAUUUAUGGUUUUUUAAAAACUAAUAACCAGAUUAGCGAUACAGUCCGUUAGAAAAAGUUGGAAUUACCUGGGGAAAAUGGUAUUAAAACUGUUCACAGCCGGCUUCAUAUAUGACUGCAGUUCUUGCACCAGAUAUAUCAAAGUUAAUAGAAAACAAACAUGGUUUGGAAAGCCGGCAGAUUUCAAAGUGAUUAACAAUCGUUAUACAAUUUAUGUUGGAAAGGACAUGAAGGUGCACAAUUCGUUUGUCUUAGGUUUAUUAAUAUUCAAAUAUAUGCCUAAACGACUGGACCCAAACGUUGCUAUUGGAUGAUUGAACUCUCUCUCUCACUCUCAAGGUGAAUUGAGAGCCUGCAUCGAUGACUAAUGAAUUUGAAUAUCUGCCCCGUAACGUUCGUUUUUCCAAAUAUGGAAUGUCUAUCCUUAUAUGGUGUUGUUUACAACUUUCGUGCAAACUAAAUUUUAAUAGACCGUGCAAACUAAAUUUAGACCGUACAGUUUAUACUGUUUUUCGAAAUAUAAGAUAUUCAAGCAAAAGUUUAAAUGUUUUAAAUACUGUUUUCUCAAAACAGAACAUUUCGUGCUUUGAGAUAAGAUGGCCAAGACCAAUUUGAUCAGUUAAUGUUUUUUAUGCAUAUAGUGCUUCAGUAGUUGACAUAUACAGAACUCAGUGGAAACAUAUAAAUUAUAGCAUCUGAUCAAUGAGAAUUUCGCGUCACGAUUUGAGACGCAGAUAUUCAAAUUCAUUAGUCAUCGAUGCAGGCUCUCAAUUCACCUUGAGAGCCUGUUCGCAGACUAGCAUGUUGUCAGCCAUCAUGUUUUUAUAUUUUGCCUAAUUCACUGGGAUUUUGGUGAUGUCACAAAAGGGCAAACCUGUUAAGACUACUAUUCGUGUGCCUGAAUUUCAAGAGACUUUUUAUUUUAAAAAAAACCUGAAAAAGAUAAGUGAUUGGCAGAAUAAAAAACUCUCUUUACCCCCAUGAUGCUAUAAAGAACCAAGACGGCGGACUGAACAUUGUUUUUGGUCGAAAUAUUUCGUAAACUAAAUAUGCUACAGAAAAGUUGUAAAGGCUCUUUAUAUAUAAUUUUUAAAAUUCGCUUUUUUAGCCGAGGCAGACGUGCAUAAAGGUAAUAAUAUUAUCUUUACCCGAAUCACAAGCACAUCACUAUAAACCCUAUUGUGCGCAAAACAUGAGGAUAUAACCCAUAAUUGUCAAUGAUUGUUGGGUUUUUACAUUGUAUAGUCCAGAUGCCUUCCUUGAUGAUGGUGCUAGUGUCGUUGAAUAAAUCUUUAAACUGAACUAAACAAAAUAAAAAUAAACGAUCGGGCAAUAUAGUGCUAUAAACGCUAAUGUUUAUUCUGGCUUUUAUACAGGUGAGUACUUAGACAUUCUGGCAAUAUCCUGUGACAGUUUUGACGAGGAAGUCAAUAUAAAGAUUGGUCGCCAUCAUCCUAAGCAACGACAUUUGGAUAUCUUAAGACGAGUUCGUGAUUGGUGCACUAAAUAUCACGUGGCGUUUAAAAUAAACACUGUUGUGAAUUCUUAUAAUAAAGAUGAAGAUAUGUCCGAAGCAAUUACAGAGUUGAAUCCCAUAAGAUGGAAGGUUGGUCAUACUAAGUUUUGUUUAAUUUUGAGUGCAUUUUAUUAACAUUUUGAAGAAGUUAUUUUUCCCCGGAAGGACUUACCUGAAGAGGAAAUAUGGUUCUCCAUGAGGAAAUAUGGUUCUCCAUGA